AAUUUUAGACAAAUUGUUAAAUGGUGUAAAAGUGUGUAGAAUAGAUGAUGACGCAAAAUCUUUUUUUCAUAAUAUAUUUACUAUAGUUUACUUAAUAAAUCAUUUCAUUUUUAUUAAAUUUAAAGUGAUAAGAAAUUUAUCUGAUUUCAUAUUUUAGUGCAAUUUAGUAGUGCUUUAAGUCCCCUUUUUGUGCUAGAUAGAUCAUGGCUCGUUUCUUAUUGCUAUUUUGUUUAAUGUUUAUUUUUGAGAAAGCAGUAUCGGGAAUAAAACUAACUAUUGUAAGCGACGGUCCAGCUGUACGUGGCUCCAACGUAACAUUUACAGCAACUGUGAAAGAUUAUGAGGGAGAGAGUCUCAAAUUUGUUUUCUGGGAUGAUGCACAGCCCCAACAUACUGCUGAGUUUAUUGAGUCAGCAAAUACUUCCAAGUGGGUAGUUGAGUACCCCCGAGACCUUUAUGAGCCUGGAGAUUAUACUGUCAAAGUAAACCUUAUGAGGAGCUUUUAUGGGAUAUGGUAUUUGGUUACAACAUCCAGUACAUCAUUCAAAUUAACAGAUUCAUUAAACGGUAAUUUAGUACUUAACCAAAACGACGUGGACAGACCUAAUAAGUUUGUUGCCGUCAAUAAAACUGUACAUCAUUACAUUAAAUUGCCUGAAAAUGAGAUACAAUUUCUUAAGAAGAAUGCUUCAACGGUCAUCACUUACUGGUUCAUCGAUUGCCAGUAUAUUGAUCAAACUGCAGAUUUUUCACUGAAUUAUACAUACCAGGAUGUUAUGAGUGAUCAUUACAUUGAUGCAUUGGUUGUUGCGAAUAACCAACCACUGCCACCAAUUACUACUACCACCACAACUACAACGACGACAACAACUACGACCACAACGACGACAACAACUACUACGACUACCACAACAACUCCUAAACCAGCAACUUUAAUACCAUCAAGCACAACACCACCUACUACUAUUAAAGAUAGUGUGGCAAGUGGAAAUGUAACACAUAAAUUGUAUAAGAGAGCGCUGUCAAACAAAACCAUGAAAAAGAAGAGUGCUAUAAAAGAUUUCAUAUGCCAUAAUUCGAGCAUCGUACCAAUUGGAGAUACGUACACAUAUGGCCACUAUCAAGAAACUAUCAGCGUCAGAGAAUCCAUAUCUGUAGUCAAUAUUACUGGUUUGAACUGGCUACAGCAUGGUGACUUGCUUAAUUUACAAGUGAAGUACACAGGCUCUCCACCAUUCGACUAUUGCGCUAUAUACAAGCUGGGACAGUACAAUGUAACGGGAAACGAGACCUGUUCUUACAACACAAGGACGUCGUCGAAUGCCUUCCCAUUAGUCCAUUACUUCUCUGAUAGCGACCAGCAUACUGUUGUCGUUGUGAUUGAGAACGAUUUGGGUAAAAUAGUCUCGAGGGCAACCAUCAAUAUCUAUAAAGCUUCGGUGCAUGCUCAGCUGUCGGUGAUAGUGGUGCCGGUGGUGUUCUGCCUGGUUGCUGUUAUUUUGGUAGUCUUCGGCAUCGCAUACUAUCAACAUCGGUCUAGAUAUACAGUUGAAGUGGCUGAUUUCGAUUUCGGACAGCAGGUCAAUCUAGACUACAAAACAUUCACCGAGCGUCUCAGAGCCAGCUUCCGAAACGCGUUAAACUUUAGACAACGCGACGAUACUGAACCACUAACGUCAGAUACGAGAUACGACUCGAUGACAUAAGAGUGAGUAUUGUAUGAAUGGUAUUGUACAUAUAAGGGUUAAAUUUCACGUGAAACCAUUUGAAUUUAACCGACCAAUCAAAUGAGAUCAAAUUCAACAAUUCAAAUUUAGAUCUUUAUUCGUCGAGUCAAAUUUGCCAAAAUGAUAUUGUAUAUGAAAUUGUUUUUGUUUACAAAUGUGCUUUGUUAAUUAAAAUUAUAUAUUUUUUUAUUGAUUAUAUUAAUUAUGCGGUGUUAUGUAACCUUAGUCAAUGAUUAGUCGGUUAAUCGAAUAGGUUCAGGAGUUCAAUAUAAUAUUUCCACUUUUCACAUUUGCUCAGAAAUUGACUUAUAUUUGGCACUUCUUAUUAGACGUUCGUUGUUUAUUUUAUUUUUUUGUUAU